AUGAACAAGAUGUGGCAUUAGUAGCUUCAGUUGAUGGUUAUCAAAUAUUUAGACAAAAGACUAAUAACUGUUGGAUAGUAUUGGUAAUUAACGCAAAUUUGGCUUUUGAAAAUCAUGUUAAAAAAGAAAAUCUUUUAAUUAAUAUAAUUAUACCUAGGCCAAAAGAGCCAAAAGAUAUUAAUACUUAUCUUUUUUCUAUGAUCAAAGAAUUACACAAAAGGGAUAUAAAUUGUUAUGAUGCAUUUAAAGAAGAAUAUUUUAUCCUUCAUGCUGUUAUAGUUAAUUGGUCAGGUGAUACUCCAGAAUUGACAAAAUUAAUGGGUAUAACUGAACAUAAUAGUUAUAAAGGGUGUCAAUAUUGUAAUUUGAGAGGAGUUCGCACAAAUCAUAUCUAUUAUCCUACAACUCCACCUCCAAAUUUUAAUUCAGAAAGAUAUUAUAUUAUGCAUUUAUUUUAUGAGAACAUUGCCAAGUAUAUGUUCGAACAUUGGACUGGAACUUUCUUUUCUGAUGAAUUACAAAAUAGAGAACCAUAUGUAUUGGCUAAGUCAACUUGGUUAGAUAUUGGGAAACAAAUGCAUGCAUGGCGCAAGAAUUUGCUACCAAAUCUUAGAAGACCCUUAAGAAAUAUAAUAUUACAUUACUAUGGAUACAAAGCUAAGGAAUAG